AUGGCGGUGGAAGAGGAAGCCGGCAGACCCACAUGGAGCAGGCAGAUUGAGUUCACUCUGGCUGGGAUCGGCUGCGCUGUGGGUCUGGGGAAUAUCUGGAGGUUCCCGUACCUGUGCUACAGGAGCGGUGGAGGUGCGUUCCUGGUGCCUUACCUGCUGAUGCUGGUGGUGCUGGGGAUCCCGCUGCUGCACAUGGAGCUGACGCUGGGCCAGUAUCUGAGGAGGGGCCCCGUCCUGGCCCUGACCAAAGCCUGUCCCCUGCUGAAAGGUGUUGGCAUGGCAACGGUGGCCAUCUCUUUCAUCAUGUGCACAUACUAUAAUGUCAUUAUCACAUGGGCGCUGUACUACAUGUUCAGCUCUUUUCAGAGCGAGAUGCUCUGGGAUAACUGCAACAACACAUGGAACACGGCCAACUGCACCGACCGUGUGACCAACAGCUCCUCGUCCUCCACCACCAGCCAGCAGUUCUUCAAUUAUAAGGUGCUGGAGAGGACCAGUGGUGUGGAGGAGACGGGCACCUUGAGGUGGGAGCUCUUCCUCCUGCUGCUGCUGGCCUGGAUCCUCGUCUACCUCUGCAUCUUUAAAGGAGUCAAGUCCACUGGGAAGGUGGUUUAUUUCACCGCUCUGUUUCCAUACGUGAUUCUUCUGGCUCUGCUGAUCAAUAACGUGCAGCUGCCGGGAGCCAUAGACGGCAUCCGCUUCUUCAUCAUCCCUGAGUGGGACAAGCUGCUCAGUGUGGAGGUUUGGAUUAAUGCAGCAGCUCAAAUCUUUAACUCCAUUGGGAUUGGCUUCGGCUCGCUGAUGGCGAUGGCCAGCUACAACUCCUACAACAACAAUAUCCUCAAAGACACUCUGGCCAUUUCCAUCACUAAUUCCCUGACUAGUAUAUUAGCAGGAUUUGUCAUUUUUUCGGCUUUCGGCUACAUGUCGCACCUUCAGAAUGUGCCGGUCAGUGAAAUCGCAGUGGACGGUCCGGGUCUAGUGUUUGUGGUUUACCCACAAGCCUUUGUGACGAUGCCCGUCGCUCCUCUGUGGGCCGUUCUCUUCUUUUUCAUGCUACUCUGCCUCGGCCUGGACAGUCAGUUUGCCAUGGUCGAGGUGAUGGUGACCAGUCUGUUGGACAGCUACAGUAAACCCAUACUCAAGUACCUCAAACGCAAGGAGUUUCUUGUGCUCGUAGUCUGCAGUGCGGCAUUCCUCCUGGGCAUCCCUAAUGUCAUGCAGGUGGGGAUCUAUGUUUUCCAGCUGAUGGAUCAUUAUACUGCUAUCGUGUCCAUCAUGUUCCUGGCGUUUUUUGAGGUGGUUGGUGUCUGUUGGCUCUACGGCGUAAAGCGUCUGUCCAGUAAUUUACUGGAGAUGACAGGAAAGAGACCCAACAUUUUCUUCAGGGUCUGCUGGUGGGUCAUUUGUCCUGUCUUGAUAACCGUUAUCCUGGUGUUCUCGGUGAUUCAGUUUGAGCCAGUGCGGUAUGAGGAUUACAUUUACCCGGCGUGGUCUCAGGGUGUGGGAUGGCUCAUCGCUUUGGCCUCCAUCAUCUGGAUUCCUCUAGCAGCCGUGCACACGCUCUGGCUUCUGCCCGGAUCCUUCACUGAGAGACUAAAAAAGUCCAUCACACCGUUUUCUCUGGACGAUGACUCCGAGCAGAAAGGAGCCAUUGUCAUCAGCUCCAUCGUACCUCUAUCUGACAAACCACCAAUCCAGACUAAUUUAUGAACUGCCACUGGAUCACUGGAACAGGCCUAGACCAGACCGCAGACUGAUCAAAACCAGCAACACAUCUGAGGAUUAUUUACUGGAUCAGUGGAAAUCUGAAAUAUCGGCCUAAAUGUGAACUUUUUUUUCUACAGGAUUCAUCUCAUAUGUCACAGAAAUAACCUCUUUAGGGUAGGGUAAGACACAAGAGUCAUUUUUGUGCCCAUAAUGCUUUUAUUCUCAUCAGCAGAUGUUUGGUUUAACCUUUAUGGGCGUGAUGACUGAACAACAGUCUGACACGAGAUAAACCCUCGCUCAGGCAGGGUCCAUGCAGUGAACUUCACCCUCAAUGCGCUCAACGACUGGCCCCUUUGCUCUCCUUUACAGCGGGAGCUCCUUAUUUUGGACAUCUUCAGUUUCUUAAGCGUUGAAAGCUGACAUUCAUGCGAAUUCAGAAUUAAUUCAUGCUAAAAAUAUACAAACCAAAUACUGUUAACAUUGGUAAUAGUUCAUGUGGAUUUAUACAUUAUAACAGGUACAUUUCAGAAUACCUUCAGAUUAAGACUGUGUUCUUUGCUCCCAACCUGCUGUAAAUUUACGGCUAAGAUCCCAAUUCAAAUGAGCGAAUCUCAAGAAAACGUACAUAUACAUUUCAUUUUAAAACCAAAAGAAAUCAGAAAACUAUGCCUCUUUUUAGGAGCAUAACGAUUUUUCAUUGUGACAUUAUUUUAAUUACAGUUAAGCACAUUAAGUAAUUGUUUUACAGCAUUACAU